GACGGGCUGAGCUCCGCUCCGCCCCGGCCCGCUGGGAGCUGGAGCCGGCCGGUCCCGCAGUAGCGGAGCGAGCCGAGCCAUGGGAUCGCAGUGAACGCCCGGCAUCGCCCCGCUGCGCCCGGCCAUGGCGCCUAUGGGGAUCCGCCUGUCGCCGUUAGGCAUGGCCGUGUUCUGCCUGCUGGGGCUGGGCGUCCUCUACCACCUCUACUCCGGCUUUCUAGCCGGCCGCUUCGCCUUCUUCAUGCUGAGCGAGCCGGCGGCGGGCGGGCCCGACGGACCCCGUGGUUCGGCAGUGGACCUGCGGGAGCUGCUGGCCGUGUCCGUGCUGGCGGCCGUGAGGGGCGGCGAGGAGGUGCGGCGGGUCCGGGAGGGCAACGUGCUGAACGAGAAGGCCAAGGGGAAGACGAGAGAGGGGGCCGAGGAGAAGCUGACGAGCGGAGACCUGCUUUCCAAUCGCCGCAUGUAUCACCUGCUGAGGGCCGCCUUCCCCACCGUGCAGAUAAACUCUGAGGAACGUGUUGAUACAUCUGAUCAGGAGACAGUCUCUUGGGAUCGCAAUAUUCCUGAUGACAUAAAAGAAAAAAUACAGCCUAAAGAGGUCCCAGCAGAAAGUGUUACUGUCUGGAUUGAUCCAUUAGAUGCUACGCAAGAGUACACAGAGGAUCUUCGGCAGUAUGUCACAACAAUGGUUUGUGUGGCUGUAAAUGGAAAACCAGUAAUAGGAGUGAUACAUAAGCCAUUCUCGGCAUAUACAGCCUGGGCAAUGGUGGAUGGUGGGUCAAGCGUAAAAGCUCGUUCCUUCUACAAUGAGAAAACUCCCAGAAUUAUUGUAUCCCGCUCCCAUGCAGGAAAAGUGGAGCAGGUUGCACGACAGACUUUUGGAAAUAAGACUGUGAUAAUCCCCGCUGGUGGAGCAGGUUACAAAGUGCUGGCUCUCCUCGACGUGGCUGAAAAGAAUCAAGAAGAAGCUGAUGUGUAUAUCCAUGUCACCUAUAUUAAGAAGUGGGACAUAUGUGCUGGAAAUGCAGUGCUGAGAGCGUUAGGUGGCCAUAUGACUACUCUGACGGGCGAAGAAAUUAGUUACACUGGCUCAGAUGGCAAUGAGGGAGGACUCAUAGCCAGUAUCAACAUGGACCAUAAAGCACUGAUUGAAAAACUUCCAGAUCUGGAAAAAACAUCACACAAAUAAACGUGGUUGCUGGAGAAAUAUCAGUCAUGCUUUUGUAGCCUCCAGAUGCUCUGUCUAAAAAAGCAGGUUUGAAAACUUGCUGGGAAAGAUGCACAGCAAAGCAGUUUGGUGUGGUUAUGGGGACUGUAUCAUGCAUCGGGUUUCUUCAGUGGUGGUAUUUGAAAACAAACAAAAAUCAGCAACAAUAAUAAUAAGCAGAAGUAGGAAGAGGACUGACUGCCUCACACCUCA